GUGAAAGCUUAUUGGUACCCAAACAUGAAGGGACUGAGCUUGGUUCUCCUUGUGCUUCUCCUGAUGCUCGCAGUCGGGGAGGGGUAUGAUCCAGAAAUGCAGUACUGGACUUGUGGGUACAGAGGACUCUGCAGACGGUUCUGCUAUGCUCAGGAGUACAUCGUUGGUCAUCACGGUUGCCCUCGACGAUACAGGUGCUGUGCCAUGCGCUUUUAGCGCCCGCUUCCACCAGCACGGGGCCCGACGUCUUCGCCGCAGCCCGAAGUUGAAAUCCUGGUAAUUCUUCUGGAAAAAACCUUGUUGACAACUUUACUCUUGAAUGAACCCUCGUGGACUUCUCUGGAAUCUGACUAUGAGUGCUUUUGGGUGGACUUUAUUUAGUUAGGUGUCGUCAGAUUAGGCCCACAGCUCUGCUGCGUGGCCAGAAACGAAGCUAACGGACUAAACCCGUGUCUCACGUUCAAUACCACCAGU